AUGAAAGAAUUCGAUGAUGAAUGGUGGCCUUUAGUUACGAACUUUUGGCACUUUGAAUCAAGUACGCGCAAAGAAGACGUUCCAAUUGAGAAACGGCGAAAAGCCAAAGUUCGAGAAGCAGGCUUAUGCCAUGCAAAAAUAAAGGUAUCAUGGUAUAUUGCCAAGCAAAAAGUGUGUGUUGAAUGGUUCCAAGCGCCCCAAGCUAUUAGGACUUUGGUAGAAAAGGAAGCUGUGAAAAAUUAUUCUGUGCCUGCAAUAGUAAAUGCAGUUAAAGAGUACGCAUCUGAAAAUCUGAACCUUGGUAUGAGUGUAAAGGAAUUAAGGUGGAGGGAGGUUGCUAAUAUAAAGUAUAAAGUCCGUGGGCCACAAAAUAUGUAUUUUACUGGCACUUCUGAACUAGCACCAGAUAUCCAAGACUCAAUUUCUCUUUUACAAAAAGAAGGAUAUCAGGUUGAAUCAUAUAAAACCCACUACCAAAGCAGCAUAGAGGCAAAAAGUAUUGUAAAAGUUUUCCCGGGUCUCACAAAGGGUGAACAGGAAUGUGAUCACUUGCCACUACUUUUGCAAGUAACAACGACAAAUGCUCUGGAAUCGUAUCACAGUGAGUUAAAAAGAACAACCUCACCUCAAUAUUGUCUGGUUGGCACAUGCAAUAAGAUUAUUGCACUUGACUUGAAAAAGCAGUUAGAUUCAGAUUAUGUCGCAUUCAAGUUUCGGGUUAAAAAAAUUUCCGCUGUCGGUGUCGACAAUGAUAUUCUCAAAGAAAUUCAUAAGUUUUCUUUUCCAGUCCAGAAAUUAAUAGUUAAUGAAGUUUUUGCUGUUAACGAUAGAAUAGAGAAAGGUAAAGGGUUGCCUGGUCUGAUGUCACUUGAAUGCCAUUGCCUUUUUUUCCGCAAAUAUAUGCUUCCUUGCAAGCAUAUCUUUCAUGAGCAAAUAUAUAGUUUCAGAAAAUUGUUGAUGAUUAAUACUUGGAAAAAAUUCCAACAAAUGUUCGAUGAAAAUGGACUUGAAAUUUAUGAACAUCGUGAGUUGGUAAGUUUAGAAUCCUUUGAAAAAGAUGAGGUUAAUAAAGCAGCGGAGAAUAGAAAACUUACAGUGAAUGAGUUAAUGGAAAGAACACGCAAUGA